CGCCCCCGGAAGUGGCGUCACGGCGCAUCGCGGAGCGCGGCCGGAAGCGGCCCCGGGGGAGGCGUUGGGCUGCGGCACCGGCCGCGGCUGAGCGGCGGCGGGGCCCGAGCCUGCGGGCAGCAAUUCCUUUGCGGCUACGCUCGAUACCCCCAGCUCUUACUCCGUGGGUAGGACUGGUUGCCCCGAUCGGUCCCGUGACUCUCUCCGAAAUGGCAACUCGCCGUCACCCCAUCUUCACCAAAUCCAUUUUCACUGGGGUUCGGCUUGGCCGCGGUGCUGCCCACCCAGGGAAUACCUUUCCUGCUGCAUUUUAGGAGCACGGGCUGCCAUGGAGGCACAUCCAGGUUCUCCAGCCUGUGAGCCCCCCUUUUCCCAGAGGCUCUCCCCUCUUACCAAAGGAGAUGGGCCUGAAGGUGAAGAGGAGCAGGAGGAGGCUCAGGAGGAGGAUAUAGCCGGGGCACAGCCAAGAGAAGAGCCAGGGGAAGGCUCCCCAGAGCGGCUGGGGCAAGUUUCUCUGCGCCGCUCAGGACGGUGCUGCCGCGGGCAGGGCGCUCUCGCCCCUCGGGGUGCAGGCAGGCCCUGCCAGAAGACAGAUGAGGAUGAGGGGGCUUCCCUGUGCCACCAGGCACUGGAGGAGCUGCGGCCAUGCCGGCGGAAGCACCGGUUGUGCCUGAAGCCUGAGACAAGCUGGGUCCCCACAUCCCCGGGACGGGGAGAGAGUGCCGAAGAGCCGGGACCCUCCCGGGGAAAGAGGCUGCGGUUGAUCUGGGGCCGGACAGGUGACUUCAGACAGAGGGAGAUGGAGAAUGGGCUGGAGGAAGCGCCGCGGAGCAGCGAGGAAGAGGAGGAGGAGAGACGGUCUCAGUCCUGCUCCCCUGAGCUGUCUCUUUCCGGUGAUGCCCGUCCCAAGCCGGACUUUGUACAGCUGAUUGACGAGCGUGGCAUCUACUCCACCGCUAAGCUGGUGCUGGGGAGCGCAGUGGGGGAGCUGGAGGAGGCAGCGGUGGGGCUGCCGGCCCACCCGAAGCGGGGAGCAAGCGGCAUCGGAGAGCUGGAGAUCCGUGAGGUGAUUGUGGAUGAGAAGCCUUUCCAGUGUGUUGUCUGUGAUAAGGCCUUCAAGCGGGCCUGGGAGCUCUUCAGCCAUGAGGUGGUACACAACGAGGAGCGUCCCUUUCGCUGCGACCUCUGCCAGGCCUCCUUCAAGCGCCACUCGGACUUCAAAAGCCACCGGCUGGUCCACACGGAGGAACGACCAUUCCGCUGCGAGCUCUGUGGCAAGCGCUUCAAGCGUUCCUCCAACCUCCAAGAGCACCGGCGCAUCCACAGUGGUGAGCGUCCCUUCCGCUGUCCCCGCUGCGCCAAGAGCUUUAAGACCCCCUACGAGCUGCAGCGCCACGCGCUCACCCACUGCGCCGAGAAGCCCUUCAAGUGCGCCGACUGUGGGAAGGACUUCCCCACCUCCAACGCCCUCCUCCUCCACCAGCGCCAGCACUGUGACGACAAACCCCACGUCUGCGGGGUCUGCGGUAAGAAGUUCACCUACGGGCACAGCCUCAAGGUGCACGAGCGGGUACACACGGGUGACCGCCCCUUUGUCUGCCCGCUCUGCGGCAAGGGCUUCAAGCAAUCCAACGCCCUCUCCUCCCACGAGCGGGUGCACACCGGUGAGCGCCCCUUUGUCUGCAAAACCUGCGGGAAGGCCUUCAAGCAGUCGUCCUACCUGGUGAUCCACGAGCGGGCACACACGGGGGAACGCCCUUACAAGUGCGAGGUGUGCGGGAAGGCCUUCGCCCGGCCGUCCUUGCUCCUCCAGCACCACCGUGUGCACAGCCAGGAGCGGCCCUACAAGUGCAGCUUCUGCCACAAGUUCUUCAAGGACCUGGCCUACCUGGCCGUGCACGAGAAGGUGCACACGGGCGAAACCCCCUACAAGUGCAGUGUCUGUGACAAGGGCUUCGCUCACCCCUCCAACCUGCUGCAGCACCAGCGCGUGCACCGCGAUGGCUGAGCCCCAGCGCGGCGAGCGCAGCCACGGUGUUGCCAGGCUAUGGCAGCCAUAAGUACGCCGGCACCGUCAGCAGACGAGCCCCAGGCUGGGAGAACCCUGUAUGUGCGCCUGAGGACCGGCGUGGACCCCCUAAAAGCUGAGGUGCUUCGGAGCUCCAGCCUUUCACUGAACCUGGACCCGCACUGUGCUCUCCUCUUCCCUCUGUGGGGGUGAUUCCAGUGCGACCUUCCCCAGGCCUGUGGGCCGGGGUGGCUGCAAGCUCCUGGCAGGCAUGCUGUGGCUCGCAGUGUGCCGUGGCUCGUGGCACACCACUGGUGGGCAGCAGGAGCCCUCUUCUUUGACCUCACGUGGAAAGGAGGGCUGAAACCCCCCCUUAAAUUGGCCUAAGACCCCCUCCCCAGUCAUCCCAGUGAGUGUUGGCUCAGCCUGGGCUGGGGGCUCCCAGGGAGUCAGGGCUGGCUGUUGCCUGCAGGAGGGGACAGACCUGCCUGUUUUUUGGGAGCCAGAUACAACAAUGGUACGGGAAGUGGAAAGGAUUACAGGAAAGAGUGAGGAGCAGGCACUUCCCUUUCCGUGUGAAGCCUUUUGGGGUUCAAGUGUCCCGUCCAUAUCUCAUGCUGCUGCUAAGGACCCAGUUAAUCACCCCCUUUUUUUCUGCCCCAGGGCACUGGUGGGGCUGGUAGGGAGCAGAAGAAAGGGGGGACACAUGCUGCUGCCGUCCACUUUGGGAGCCUCAGUAAGCGAUGCCCAGCACUGUAAGUCCUUCUCCAACUGCUCCUGGGACUUUGCAGGCAGGAAUGUGGAUGGGGUAUGGGCAACCAAGAUACAAACAGCCCUCUGCCUCCUCCUCUGCCUCUCGCUUCCUGGAGCUACCCCCACUCUGCUGCCGGAGCCUGGAUUUGUCCCCUCUUGGCUCAUGGCUGCUGGGCAGAGUGUGGCACAUGGACCUUUGCUUGCAAGGGCAAGACAGGAGCCUUGUCCUUGUCCACGCUGGUGCCCCUGUGCUGUCCCUUGGACUCCUGAAGAUCCCGGGUCCCACCCCAUCCCCCCUUUUCCUACAGUCCCUGUAGCGCUGGGAACGGGGUGGGGGGGUGGGAUGUGUGCGCUCCUCGGCGCUCUGCACACUAAUUACAAGAUGGUUAUUUAACGAUG